AUGGCGGCCACGAGUGGUAUUGUUGCAUGGCGGCCACGAGUGGUAUUGUUGCAUGGCGGCCACGAGUGGUAUUGUUGCAUGGCGGCCACGAGUGGUAUUGUUGCGUGGCGGCCACGAGUGGUAUUGUUGCGUGGCGGCCACGAGUGGUAUUGUUACGUGGCGGCCACGAGUGGUAUUGUUACGUGGCGGCCACGAGUGGUAUUGUUACGUGGCGGCCACGAGUGGUAUUGUUACGUGGCGGCCACGAGUGGUAUUGUUACGUGGCGGCCACGAGUGGUAUUGUUACGUGGCGGCCACGAGUGUGGUGAGGGCCACCGGAUUACUGCUGCAGUAUAG